UCACCCCUGGGAAACGGUGACAACGGCUGCCAUGAGGAAAUACCCCAAUCCCAUGAACCCCAGCGUGGUUGGAGUGGAUGUGCUGGACAGGCACGUGGAUCCCAGUGGGAAGCUGCACAGCCACAGGCUGCUCAGCACGGAGUGGGGCAUCCCCUCCAUUGUGAAAUCGCUCAUUGGCACCUGCAGAACAAAGACCUAUGUUCAGGAACACUCAGUUGUGGACCCGGUGAAAAAGACAAUGGAACUUAAGUCCUGUAAUAUUUCAUUCACAAACCUAGUGUCAGUAGAUGAGAGGCUUGUCUACAAACCACACCCUCACGAGCCACACAAAACCAUCCUGACACAAGAAGCAAUAAUAUCUGUAAAAGGUGUCAGUCUCAGCAGUUACCUAGAAGGGCUAAUGGCAAACACAAUUUCUUCCAAUGCUAAAAAGGGCCGUGAGGCACUGGAGUGGGUAAUUAAAAGGCUAAAUGCUGAAAUUGAAGAGUUUGCAGCUUCAGAGAGGAACCAUGAGGAACUCGAUGGCAGCAGCAGCAUUUGUAGAGAAAUGAUAGAACUUAGACCUGUAGUACUAACAAGGCUUAACAAUGUGCAGCUUCUCUCCAGGCCUGAAUACAUGUAUCCUUUGUUAUUUAAAGGCAUACCUGUGUAUUAG